GGCAACCUUGCUAUUUGUGCAGGCAGUUUCAAAAGUAUCUGGAUUUAUAUGACUGUUUUUUCAUUUGUUGGACUGUUAGUCCUUACAAACAACACUUGGAGGCUGAACCAGGGAUCAUGAUGUUAGAGUUGCCAGAAGGAUUUGAAGAUGUUGCUGUUGGAUUUUCAAAAGAGGAGUGGGACCUACUAAGUGACCAGGAGAAAGAGCUGCAUAGGGAGGUGAUGGUACAGAACUAUGAGAAUAUGAUUUCUGUAGGUUACAACAUCCCAGUGGACCAACUUUGGUUAAUUAUUAAGAAACAUGAGACAAUUCCACCUGGUGACAGUGAAGAAGGAAUGAUGGUUCAUCAAAAGCAGCUUCCUGGUAACAGCACUGACAUUAGCAGGAAUACAGAUUUCAAUGAAAUUCAGAGUCAGCUGCCAUCAUGUGGAAUAUGCAAGAACUUCAGAUGUCACAAAACUUUGCCUGCUAAGGUUUUUAGUACAAGAUGUGACCAGGAGAAAAACGAAAACCAGUACCAUAACUGUGUGGAAAGCACUGAUGGUUUUGUACAGAAAACUAAACUUGAAAUGCAUCUGAAAAGUUCUGGAGAGGAAAGUACAUGCAUAUGGGUUAAUUCCAACAACACAUUACCCUCUCAUAGUGACCUUUUGAAUCAUAAUGAGAAAAAUCAGAAGAAUACAUUGGAAACAGAUGAAUCUGUUUUCAGCAGGAAAAACCUAAAAGAAUAUGUUGCAUCUGUUAAUGAGAGAAAAGUUGAACCUGACAUACGUGCCACAUGUUUCACAAAAAAGGUAGAGUUGGCAGACCAUCAGUAUGUCAAGAAUGAAGACAAAAAAGUAUGUAGAAGUGCUUUGUGUGACAAAGGUUUUGUACAGAAGAGUAACAUGAUAAAACACCAAUAUACGCACACCAAAGAAAAUCCACACAAAUGUGAUAUAUGUGACAAGACAUUUUCAGAUAAGAGGUACUUAAUAGGGCACCAGCUUGGCCACACUGGAGAAAAACCCUAUAAAUGCCCAAUCUGUGACAAGAGGUUUAUAUAUAAAAGUUCUUUGUUAAGCCAUCAGAACAUCCAUUUGGCAAAGAAACCUUAUAAAUGCCCUAUAUGUGGCAAGGAAUUUACACAGAAGAGUAACCUGAACCAGCAUCAGAAUGUCCAUUCUGGGAACAAACCAUAUAAAUGCACCAUAUGUGACAAGAGAUUUGUAUCAAAGAGAACUAUGGAAAUGCAUGAGAGCAUCCACACUGGACAGCAACCCUAUAAGUGCGCUAUGUGCGAUAAGAGGUUUACACAGAAGAGUGCUAUGGAAUGGGAUAUUGUUUUUGGAAUGGAGGUAUAUAAUCCUGAUCACUACCCACCCCUACUUGCAUUUUUAGUUUUCCACAAUCACUGGGACCGUUGGACUACAGAUUUGGGAAUUGCUGAUGUAAAUGCUGCCACACAUCCUCGCUGUCCGUAUUCACAUAUCCUGUAG